AAAAUUAUUAUUUAAAUCUUACUUAUAAAGUUUUAAUAUUUUAUACUAGUAUUUUUAUUUUUUAUUUUUGGUAAAGAGUACGAAGAAAUUGGCAAACCCUCCUCUCGUCGCCAUUACUGCUAACACCUGUUGUUCAAAAUGGUUGAAACUCUGUUUGAAGAUAUAUUUACAGUCACUCAGAAAGAUCCUGAUGGAAAAAAAUUUGAUCGAGUGAAUCGCAUUGAAGCACGGAGUGAGCAGUUUGAUAUGUUCAUGCUACUGGAUGUAAACACUGAGAUAUAUCCUAUGCGCGUGAAGGAUAAAUUUAUGAUGGUUUUAGCUUCUACUUUGAACUUGGAUGGGACACCAGAUACUGGUUAUUUCAUUCAGGGUAACAAGAAAUCACUUGCUGACAAGUUCGAAUAUGUCAUGCAUGGGAAGCUAUAUAGGAUCUCAGAGGAAGGUUCCGGGAAGCACGUUAAAGCUGACAUUUUUGUUUCAUUUGGAGGACUGCUUAUGCAGCUGAGAGGAGAUCCAUCCAUUGCAGCUAAGUUUGAGCUUGAUCAGAAGAUUUUCCUUCUCAUAAGGAAGGUUUGAUGUGAAAAAAUUGUAUCAAACUCAAUUUGAACUUAAAAAGGCGACAGACUAUUUGUGAGCGCCUAAGCUAUUGGCACGUGAUAAAUCGCGUGGUGGUCUCAAGGAUACGAAAGAAUGUAAUUGUGAUAUAUAAUAACAGAGACCAUGGAACAAGAGCUCCAUAUAUGUUGGAGUGUAGAAACCUAGUGUGUGCAGUUAUGAUCUUUAUCCUGGUAAGCAUAAGAAGAAUCUUUCCCUUUUAUCAGAAGUUGAAAUCGCAGUGUGUGAAAGCUUAGAAUUUA